AUGGUCAGAAAAAUAAUGGACAAAACAAAGGUCUUCGGUCCUAGACAUGUUGAUUUCAAAGUCUUGAAGUUGGUUUUCAAGCUAGGAAAACUUUUCGGUACUGCUCCAUUUCCAAUGGAAACUGUCAAGAAGAAACCCAUUCUAGGGAAAGUGAUAAGUCUAGCUGUGAUCGGAGUAAUAAUCAGCUACAAUUAUUUCACCAUCCAAAAGCAAAUCGUGAUUUUUCCCUUGUAUCACACGACUAUAACGGCUAUGUCUUGGUUGAUAACGCUUACAGAUAUUGUACUUCUUUUCUAUUGCGUCACUUUCUUGACUUUCUUCCGAAAUGACGUUUGGAUGCCGCUGUUCAAGAAAAUUCACAAGCUCGAGGACACUAUCAAUCAUUACGAUUAUUUCCAGACCGGAAAAGAGUUCAUCCUGUUCUUCAAACUAGGAUUGAUGUACUCCACUUUCAUCGGCAUCAACUUCGCAAGGUACUACAUUACAUCUAUCAGGAUCAUACGUGUCAAUUCUACCAUCAGCCAAUUCUACACCAUCAUAAUAUUCACCUACUACAUUUCUUUGACCAACUGGAUGAAAAAUAGGUACGACUUUUUGGAUCAGUACCUGACCAACUCCAUGAGUAAACAGCAGAAGAGCGUCGAAGUCAUAGAAAGGGUGAUGGAAGUUUAUAAAUUGGCGGACAGUGUUGUCGAGGAGUUCAAUAAGCUAUGCGGAGGGAUAGUUUCGUAUUGCAUUUGCGUGUCUGUUUUGCAUUUGCUCUACUAUUUUUCUUUUGCCAUCGAUAACAAUAAUUCUGAAGCAAAAAUACUCAAUUAUUUGGAGCCACUUGUUCAGAUAGUGUCUUUGACAGUCAUGAUCAUGUCAUGUGAUUCAACGGAGAAAAGUGGCCAGAAAAUCAUCAAGACUUGUUUUCACUUGCACGAUCACGUGGAAAACUUCACGGUCAAGGAAAAACUCCUGAUGCUCGCAAACUACGUCAAACAAUGGAAGCCGGUUUUUUCUGCAGCAGGAUUCUACGAUAUUCAUCAGACGACGUUGUCAUCGAUUUUUUCCGCUUUCAUCACGUACUCUGUCAUCAUCAUACAGUUCAAUAUGGUGCUGGUUGAUGAGAAUACUAAUAGUACUGAUGCCACCACGACUGCAGUCAAUCUGCUGGAAAAAACUACUUCCUCUUAA